GCAAGUAAUCGACAGACUGAUUGAGCAGUGUUUAAUUAUUUAUUAAAGUAUUUUGAAGCGAAAACAACUGCAGUAUUUUAAUUUUAGUUUUCUUGUGGUGUUACAGUGUUUUGUUAUUAUUUAUAAAUAAUUUUCAAGAAUGCCUAUUCGUCGUAGUCAGUUGUUGGUGAAAUGGAUUUUCGAGAACCAGCACAAGCUGCGCACGGUGCGGCGCUGCAGCUCCUCGCUGCGAUACAAGGAGCUGGAGGAGGCGUCCGCGCCGCAGCCCGAGUACGCGCCGCCCGUCUACGACGAGCCCUGCCCUCACGGCGAACCUGAACAAUAUUUUAAGUAUGAAGAUUUACGCGUGAAAUUAGCAGCGCCGUACCAGCUGCAGCCUAAACCAGACGCAAAAGACCUGGGCUUUGGGAAAUACUUCACCGAUCACAUGCUCAAAAUCAACUACCAAGUGCAACUGGGCGGUUGGCAAAAGCCAGAAAUCAUCCCCUUCGAGAAUCUAAGCAUCCACCCAGCCGCGAAGGCUCUUCAUUACGCAAUACAAUUGUUCGAAGGAAUGAAGGCGUACCGUGGCGCAGACGACAAAAUCCGAUUGUUCCGGCCCGAUCUUAACAUGAAGAGGAUGAAUCUGGCAGCGCACCGCUCCGGCCUGCCGAUAUUCAACGGAGAGGAACUCAUCAAAUGCAUGAAAAGACUCAUACAAAUUGAUCAAGAGUGGGUGCCACAUUCUGAAACAUCCACUCUAUAUAUUCGACCAACGCUUAUAGCAACUGAGGCGACGUUUGGCGUGAUGGCGCCCGAGUCAGCGCUUCUGUUCGUCGUGCUGAGCCCGGUGAGCGCGUACUACAAGACUAGCAGCGAUGGCGCCGUGUCGAUCUUCGCCGACCCCAACGUGGUGCGCGCCUUCCCUGGCGGCGUCGGCAACAGGAAGGUCGGCUCCAACUACGGGCCCACGAUAGAGGCGACGACGCGAGCGGCGCAGCUGGGGCAUCACCAGGUGCUGUGGCUGUUCGGGCCCGACCACCAGCUCACCGAGGUCGGAGCUAUGAACAUCUUCAUGGUCUACAUUAACGAGAAUGGAGACAAGCAGCUCAGCACGCCGCCGCUGAACGGGCUGAUCCUGCCGGGCAUCACGCGGCGCUCCAUCCUGGAGCUGGCCAGCCAGUGGGAGGACCUGGUCGUCAAGGAGGAGGUCAUCACCAUGGACCGAGUCAUCACCCUCAACGAACAAGGACGGCUAUUAGAGAUGUUCGGCGCGGGCACGGCGGCAGUAAUCAGCCCGGUCAGCCGAAUCGGGUUCCUCGAGAACAACAUCCACAUUCCCACCAUGCAGCAGCCGCAGCCCGUGUUCCAGCGGCUCAAGGACACGCUCCUCGCCAUCCAGUACGGCCACAUAGAGCACCCCUACACGGUCCUCAUCUCAUAGUGACUACUCAGACACUGUUCAACGGAAACAGGGUCAGUGUUUAUGACAGUCGCGGCAGGACCGUCGAGUGAUUUGAACUUUGUGAUAGUUAAAUCGCUUUAUUCCGAGUAUAAUGUUCUGGAACUCGUAUAAACGUGCGCCUGUAGUGUUAUUUUUGAAAUUUGAACUGUUACAGUAACUUUUGUCUCGUUGAAUUGUAGGACAAAUAUAAUUCAUCCCAUUUGACUAGGCAACAUCACGUUAAUAGUGGCAACAAGAAUCGCGCAGGCGUUACUAGUAUAGUGGCGUUUUUUGAGUUUAUAUAAGGGGAUAAAAGUGUACUUUUGAACGAUGUCACUAGUUAUAUACGAGGAUACGUAGCGAAUUAUGUAUUUGUUAAAAACUAACAGAGUAUUACCUCUAUUGGCAGUCAAAACCAUUACCAGUUCAGUUAGUCAUAUAGUAAAAACUGAAAUGUAUUGGUCCAAAAUAUUGUUUAUUUUCACUGAAUAAAUCCUCAGUUCAUAACCGAAAAGUCUUAAAAAUAAACCAAAAGAUUCUAUUGGAUUUAAGAAACACACUUCUCGCGACGCAACCUCGUCCAUCUCUAGUGGAAGACUUGUUGGCACUUUGUCAUGUCCAGUUCAAAGCAUAAUGCUGAUAGACCCGUCUCAACCUUUACGCGGAUAUUCUUGUAAGCUUUACUUACGUAACUAGCGACUACAAAGGUAUACUACAGGCAGGCAUGCAUGGUCGCGUGGUAAACUAUAUAAAUAUAACGUCAGGCCGUCCUUUACGCACUAUUUGUAAGUGCGAUAGGGAUGCAACUGGAUGAGAUGAAUUUCGUCACAUGAUUCAUGUCCUACUAACGAAUGAAAAGCUUACAAGUAUAUCUAAUUAUAGUUAAGUAUUGUAAGCAAGGAUUGAGACGCUCUAAGGAACGCGUCGUGUGAUGCAUUUAAUUUCUGCAAUCUCUAGAUAUUGAUUUUAGAAAACGAUUAGUAUUUUUGUAUAAUAAAUUAACGUGUGAAUUUUGCAGAUAGUAAAUAUUAACGUUAGAUAAGAUAAAUUUAAGGUAUUCUAUUUAGUAUAAAGUAUUUAAUUUUUAAUGAGCGCAUUCAGUGAAUUGUGUUCUCAUUACCCUUAUUGUAGUGAAAUACCUACAUGUGUCGAGACGGUAUGUGUUUCGAGUGCAAGUUUUUGUGUGGACAAUUUUUAACAGAAUAGAAAAGCGUGCGGGUUAAACUCUAUUUUUAUAUUCUGGUUAGUAAAAUAAUAAUUAUACUGUCCAAUCUAAUGACUAUGCAUAGUUAUUUAGUUAUCUAAGUUAUUUAAAUUGUUUAACCUUUUGAACGCGUUAUAUCAUAUACACAAACAUCACGUAAACGUCGAGGCAAUGCUACUUUGUCAGCGACCGCCAUUAUCACCUAUAGUUGUCCUUGGUGUGGUGGGCACGACUUGUGUUCCAAGCGUAGAAAAAGUUAAAUUGUAUAUCUAAUUAAUCUCCUCCUUCUCGUGUCGAUGGUUUCUUUUUCUUUUUUAUAUUAAGCGGAACCAGAAGGUCGCGACGCUUAUUGCCCUGUCUGUCGCGUCCCGUAGAUCCUCCACGGAGCAUGUGUGUGGAUUCGCUGGGCAGCACAUCAUCUAAUUAAUAUAACAUCCAGUAACAUAUCCGUCAAGUUUUACAUUCAAAUGAUAGUAAGAUUGGGCAGACUGGGAUAUAAAAAUAGAGCUUAGAUUUAGCUUCAGUUUUACUUUUAAUUGUAUACAAUACAAAUGUAUUUCUUACAAGUACCAAGAAGUACAUACUUGAAAGCUUUAUGUGCGCUGCGGAAGUCACUCAGACUUUUAAAUGUUUAGCGGCAAACAUUUCUUGUAUUUUCUAGUCUAUUUCACGAGAAUCUGUUCGAGUUGUUAAAUAUUUAUAAAUAUACGUUUUUACAAUUU